AUGCCGGCCCCGACGGGCGACCAGUUCGAUCUCUUCAAAGCGGCACAAGAGGAGGACGAAGAGGGCGCGCCCCCGGCCACCGAAGAACGAUACCAUCACGGACGCGAGACGGAGGAUGAGGUGAAUAUCACCAUCCACGCGGGCUACUGGGGCGAGGGCUCACAAGCUGGAUGUGCCACCACAGUGAAGGUCUCUUCGAAUGGCAUCGCACGGACCUUGACCUUCUUCCCGGGCGUGGACCACGGCGCCGUCCGCGUGGAGGGCGAGCCGGACGCGGACAUCGGCUUCAGCCCGGGGCGGCAGCGGUAUCAUAUUUUGCAUUUGACCAUGCGGCAAACUGGCACUCACACCUUCAGCAUCAGCGAUGGGGGUGACUGCACCAAUACCUGGAGUAUGGACUUUAGAUUGCAUGGCUGGUUGGAUGAUCUGUACGGCGCUGCUGCCGUGUCCAUCUUCGAUCCAGAGGAUCGCGAAUUGGAGUUAGGUCAUGAGCUCACCUAUCAAUCGGAAGGUGAGCACAAGCUACGCCUGGUGACGCUGGGCACGCAAGUCUACGAAACCGAUGAACUGGACCCACAGGGCUGGGUCUCCUUUAAUCGCACCUGCUUGGAGCCAGUGGAUAAGGCCAACACCAAGGCCUCUCGACAUCCGACGUGCCAUUUGAAAGUGAAGGAUCGGGUUUUGGAGAAGCGCUUGUACCCUGGGCGUUGGCAUUCCUUGACGGUGACGGUGGACAGUGUACGUGAUGAGAUGUGCCUCUACUUGGAUGGCAUUGCUGUGGAUAAACCCAUCGACAUCUUCGAGAGCAGCUUCGGGCGUACAGGCGGCGGCGGCGGCUUCGGCCGGGAGGGCGGCAAGGACCGGCGGAAGGGCGUGAGUGAAGGGCCUACGGAAUACGAAGCCUAUGCAGGCUUCGGAUACUCCUUCGCCUCGCCCUUCGCGGUGCCGCAAGAGGGCUUCCUCCUCUUUGCGUCCAGCAGCAUCCGGAGCAUGCCCGGCGGCACGAAGCUGCGGAAGGCGAUCUUCCGGAACAGCAUCCUGACGCCCAAGGCCAUCGAGGAUCAAUACGUGAGCAGUCGACACAAGAAGCGACCGGUGCAGAUUCCACAGAGUCUGACGCUGGCGCCCAUCAUGAAGAAGAAGGCCAUUCCUUUGUGGGUCCAUGGGUCCUAUGUGGCAGAGUUCUGCAACCCCUUCGUGCCCGCGGCGGGUGGCUCCCCAUUACACCUCUACAGCAUCUUCUGCAUGGCCUUGGAUGGUGUGGUGGAGAAGAUGAGCGCGAACAGCCUAUGGACGCCUGCUGAUGUGAAUGGCUGCAAGCGUGUCUUGGGACUCUUCAGAGAGUUAGAACUGCUGAUGAAGAAGUGGCACCAACUCUGGACUUGCACUGCUGCCGAUCAACUCAGCGCCCUCUCGGCCAUCUACCUUCGCCGCUUGGCGCAGGCGCGGGCGGAGCUGCAGCCGGGCGGACGGCUGCUGGUGCCGCUAGGCAUUCGCUUGCAGCGAAGCUCUCAGUUGUUGAUGCUGAUCGUGGAACGCAAAGGUAGCGGCAACUACCGCUUCUUGGUGGUGAACUCCAGCCCCAUUGGCCUCGCGUACCACGCCACCGAUGCUUCACGCCCUCCUAAGAUCCGCUACCGAGUGGCGCUGGAGCUGGACGAUAUCCCCGCGGCGCGCGCGGAGGACGAGGGCUUCUGGAUGAUGCUGGUGGUCACGGCUGUGCAGCCGUGUCACGAUCAGCUGCCCUUGUACGAUAAGCUGCUGCCCUGGUUGGCCGGAAGCCCCUUGGAGCACCUCUUGGCCACGGUCAAUCCCACGAGCCCCGCCACCCAGGAGUGGCGCUCGCCGCAGUGUGCCAACACUGAUGGCUGGAGGUAUUUGACAUUUUCUCUUCGGGUGCUUUUGCUGGAGGUGGGUGGCUUUAGCAGCUCCAAAGCCAAGCUGCUGAAGUGGCACCUGCGGGAGCAGUUGUUGUCCUUCGCGGCCAACGACUUGGCGGCCGCCCAGUCCUUAUCCGUGUCUGAGAAGCGACUCCUACGACUGGGCCUCAGCCAGCUUUCGCUGGCGGCAGUGAAGGUGAGUGGAAACCUCGAGCUGGAGGCCUCCCGUGGUGUCAAGGAGAUGAAGGCCACCUCCAUGGCGGUCUUGGGUCGCGCUCAGGCCGUGGUGAAGGACGUGGAGGCGGCCGUGGAGCGGAAGCCCAGACCUUAUGGCUUCGAAGAUCCUUCGGUGCUUCCCUUAUUGGACUUGCUGGGUGGCGCCAGCGAGCCGCCCGCGCACGACUGGGGGUUGCACCCCUUCUUCGAGCGCCUGCUGCGGGAGCAGCGGAGCCCCGGGCAGAAGGUGGGCAUUCCUCUGCUGGUGCCCAUCAACCUGCUGGAGAUGCCCGAGACCAUCCCUGACUUGGAGGCGGCCGUGCGGGCUCUCCGCCUCGCUGAGGAGCUGUGUGCGAAGCUCUGCUUCGUGGGCUACGAGCGCUGCAAGUUCUCCAACUUCCUGAGAGUGGCUCUGCUGCAGCACGUCUUCACCGAGCUCAUGCCCCUGCCGCUGGGGCCGCUGGCGGAGAAGCCGCCCUUGAACCUCACCGAUCCAGUCUGGGCGCCCAACGGCAGUAACGAGCUCCAUCCGCAGCUCACACGAGGCGGUCAGCUGGAACUCAUGCAGGUCUUGUUGAGGCUGGCGGAGCAUUUUGUCUCGGCGGCCUGUGGCUUGCACGCCUCAGGCGGCUUUGACGGGGUCAAGAUCGUGGUCUUGGGUGCCAUCGCGGCCAUCGCGGACCGGGUGCUGCGGAUCCGCACGGUGCUACCAGGCAUCCCCAAGCCCCAGCGCGAGGGCGGGCCGAUCGUGGCCGAAGCCGAGCCCUGCCCCAGCCUGGUGUCGGAUCUGCUGAACGGUGUGGGCGGCAAGGGAUGGAAACCCAUGGCGAUCGACCCCACGAGCUUCAUGCGGCAGUCGGAGACCAUCGAGGCGGUGACGCCCGAGAUCUCGGUGGCGCGCACGGCGGUGGCCAGCUACUUCACGGAGGUGAAGAAGAACCUGCAGGUGCCCAGCGGGAAAGAUCAAACGCUUUUCGAUUGGGACCAACAUGGCUGGAUGCUUUGGGUCAACAAGGAGUCAGGUCUGAAGAAGUUGGUUCAGACCAUUUGCUCCCAUCACCUCCUUCAGGCUGGCGGCGGAUGGGCUGACUUGGCUGCUGGCAGUGAUCCCUAUCUAGUUCACACAUGGCCGGAGUUCCAAUGCUAUCGCGAUAUCAUCUUCUACUGGAAGUAUUUCCUUUGCACCGACCUGCGCGUCUUCCCCAAGGUCAAUGAAUAUGUGCCGCAAAGUGCCUACCUCAAGUGGCAGGUGGUGGAUGAACAGAAGGCCUUUGGCUGCCCGCCCAACCGAGGUAAAGUCUUCUUGGUCUCAGCGCUUGGGAAGGAGCAUCUGCUCAAGCACGAUGUGCCGCCGCAUCGGCCGAAGCCGCCCGCCAGUGGGCUGCGGUGGCCUUCGGCCGCCCUGCCGUCGCAUCACACUAAGACGCCUGUGAGAACGGAAGACGACUUGCUCUACAUGCGGAGCCUGCCGACCUUCAACGAGAUGCUGCGGGCCUCCGACUCGGAGGCCUUGCUGUCCUUCUUGACAGUGCCCUACAUCCGAAUGCCACUGGUGCUGGCCUUCUUCACGACGGGAGAUCGGGUGAACAGCUUGUUCGACCAGGGGCUGCAGCAGAUUUUGCAGGCAGUGAUCUUGGAGCCCGGCAAGCUGUUGGAGCCCAUGAACUGGGCCGCCGCUCCAGAGAACGUGCCGGCGAACUCGUCGGCGGAGCAAGAGCUCGUGGCUUCGCCCUACGGGCAACUCUUGACCGAAUUGGCUUGUGCUCCUGGCUGCUUGUUGGCCUAUUUGGCAAAGCUUUUGGAGCUGGCUUUGGUCUUGGCCAACUCGGCCAUGAGUCAGACAGUGGGCACCAUCCUCUUCACCUUGCGCGUGGCCGCGCGCGUGGAGUCCUCCGCCGUCUACCUGCUGCAGCACUCGGAAGGCAAGCUGCCCUCCACGGGGCCAAGACCGGGUGCUCUCCCCUCCAGCGCUUGGCUACUCCACGAGCUGCGCGCCGGGCGCGAGCGCUUGCGGGCCAUCUUCGCGGAGGCGGAGGGUUGGCUGGACGCCUGGCUUGAAGAGCUACACGACUUGGCUUGCAAGGCAGCAGCGGCCGCAGGAGAAGAAGGGGGCGCCCCAGGAAGAGGUACUGGGCCACAAGCCAAGAACAAGGCGCAGCAAUCGCUAGAUCAAUACAUGAAGACUUCCUGCAACAUUCACGCACACCUCCUAUUGCUGCUGCGGAAUGUGCCGGAAGAGGAGUUGGAUGAACGAUCGGUGAGCCGCAUCUUGUCCUCGUUCGCCUUCCUCUCGCUCCACCAUACCUUCAACCAGAAUUUCUUGGACAUCCCCGAGACGGAGCUCUUCGAAAUCUUUCAGCAUCACAGGCGGGGCUUGGUCCGCUGGUUCGAGAAGCAGCGGAAGAACAACGAGUACGGACGCUUCAACCGGGUUUUGCAGGAAGUCCAUCAACAGUUCUCCACGAUCGACUCCUCCAGCAGCGUGGACACCGCCCUCUUCGAGUGGGGCGUCGUCAAGGGCGACUUCCGCAACGCCGGGCGCUACGCGAUCGUGGGACCUAAGCGAUCGGAGGCGGAGAGGGGCGAGGUGGCCACCACUGCCAGCAAUGACAAUGCAUGGAUCGAGCUGAAUAUUCAGCUGCUGCAGGUGACGGUUCGCGGACGACACGUGACGCCCUUAGAGGCCGACACGUGUGAGGAUGGAGACUUCGUGGAGGUCCUGAGCGGUGGUGCGGGCAAAAAGGCGGAGACGGUGCAAUGUGCAGCUCUGUUGAGCACGAACUUGGUUCGGGUGCGGGAACUCUUGUCGCAACCCUAUCGCAUCACUCGCUGGGAAGGCAUGGCCGCGGCCAACCUGCCCUUCACAGGGGACUAUGUCCGGCUCUAUGACAUGGAGGACUUUGAGGAGCAUGAGGCCUGGGUGCCACAGCUCUUCGAGCCCGUGAGGCUGAAAUUCUUCGUGCCACCUGCAGUGCCUCAGCCCAUCCUCUUCUUCUUGCUGGAAGAGACGGACCCAUCCGCCUCGGUGAUCGUGUUGGCCGCUGUGCAUCCGAAGGUGCGUGGGAAAGUCUGGAAAGAGGUGAUGGUCUUUCGCGACUUGCGCUCGGUGCAGAUCUUCAAGAUCGAUUCCUAUGGUCACCAGCACUACAGAUCGCUGGAGUAUACCACCAACGCACGCUAUUGCCUGGCAGAGAAGCAGCCGAGUCCAAAUGAUCGCGAAGAUCCAUGGCCGGACUGGGGCCGCUACGAGGCGGGACAGCCCGAUUUGAAUAUGCAAGACAAGCCGCCCACUGUGGUGAUGUCGCGGACCAUCGUCAAGGACGUGCACAGCGACGGCAGCGCCGGUGCUGGGACGGGGAAGAAGGAUCCGUUGGACGACAGCGAGGAGUGGUCGGACGGGGAGCCCAGCGACGACGAGACGGAGCAGGAGCGGAAGGAGCGCACCGUUUGGGAGCGUUCGCAGAAGGAAGGAGAGCAAUAUUUGCCGAAGCGCUUACUGAAAGGUUUGCUACCAGAAGGGCUGUUGGAAAAGUACUUCAUCUAUCAGGAGAAUGAAACGCCUUGGAGAGCCAUCCGAGGGUAUCCAAAGACACCGGAGGGCGAGGAGGACCGUGAUCCCGACCACCUCUUGGAGAUCAAGCUCAUUAAGGUGGGCAAGGUACCUUGCACCGCACACCGUGGCUGGUGUGCGCUGGUGCGGAAGCGAUGGAAAGCUGCAGGGCGCAAGCCGUGGUUCUUGCUGAAUCUGCUUUAUGCCAAGGAAGGCACACCCUUGCACUCCUUGGCCAGAACCUUGGUGCGCCUGGAAAACCUGUCCUUCAUUUUGGCCUGGACGGAGCAAGAUCCGCGCAAGGUCGAUGGCGCCCUCGACCCUCCCAUCGACUUCAUCGAGCUGCCGCGACUCCUCUUGUCCUUCACCGUGCGACGCGGCGCCGACGGCUCACGGGGCUUGUGGAGUUUGGACCACGCAGAGCUCUCGGUUCCUUUAGGAGCACCCAGCUACGCGCGCACGCAGGCAGCGAAGUUGCUGGAGCCGAUGCCGCAUUCGCUGCUGCUGCAGACCUCCAAUGCCCAGUUCUUCGCGCUGCUGCCGAACAUCAAGGUGCACCGUCCCCACGUGGACACGGACCCCUUCAGCACGGAGCUGGUCCUGGAGCGCGGGAACUCCGAGUGGUGGGGCCGGGCGAAGAACAAGACCUUCUUGUACCCAGUGCAUGCGUCACGGUCGUUUCUGCAGACGCCCACGUUGGCCUCGGCGCUCUACGUGAUGAUGCUACGCUGGAUGAACCGCGAUUACCGAGGUGUGGCUGCUUUGGUCAGCGCCGUUGGCACUGAUAGCAAGUACGAGGAAGAUGAGAUGCAGAUCUUCAAGCACUUGGGUCGGAUCACCGAUCCACAUCCAGAUUCCCAUGCCAACCGAUUGCAGGUGUCUUUGGCGGUGUCCGAUGCCAACAUGGAGCUCCCUUGGGACUUGCUGGAUGAAUCGGCUGGAUAUCUGGGGAAGCUGGCCCAUGUGACCGCAAGGUCACGGCUGUCGGAAGAUUAUGAGCUUCGAAGCCUACAGCUCUGCCAACAGAUCCGGAAAUGUUUGGAGAUCAUUGAGAAUGAGGUGUCGCUGCUGCGGCAACGUUGGUGGGGUCAGUGGGGCGCGGCGCGCAUCAAGCGCUUCGUGGAGCUACUGGAAAGCGAGAAGGAGCGGAAGCUGGCGAACUUUCAGGAAGCCCAGGAGGUGGAACAAUGGCUUCGUCAGCUGACGCGCAAGAUGCGUGCGUCCCAGCUACCACAGACGAAGGAGGAGAUCCGCUCAAUGGCGCUGAAGGUCUUUGGCGACUACAACGUCGAUCCGAACGUCGAACUGGCCCUCGACAACCGUUCCAAAUACUUGGAACGCCUGGGCGGCCGCGACGGCGCGCGUCCCGGCGAGCCGCUCCAGUUGCAUUGCCCUCAUCGAGCCAGAGAGUCACUUUGGCAGACACAUCAAGACCAGAACGUCUUGUUGUGUUCGCUCUUUGACCUCCUUUGGGAAGUCUUGGGCGCCGAGAAGGUCUUGCGCCGCGACGUCGAGGAAGACGAGGGGCCGGAGAUCCCUAUGAUGCGACGCCUGCCGUUCCCCAUGGCCAUCAACACGGCGUUCGAAAUGUGCCAAGGGAAGAUGACCUUGAAGGACUACGGCAGUGCACCAAAGACGUGGGCCUUCCUCUACUCGCUCUUCACCUUGUCCACCGGCGCUCGCCUCAGCCGGGCCAAGGAGACCAACCCCGCGCAUCAGCAGACCUACACCACGCUGCUGUUGCACUUGAUGCCUGGAAGCCGGCACCAUGGGGUGCUCGCCUCCUUGCUCCACAUCUUGGCGCAGAAUCCCAACAUCUGCGACUCGAUGCCGAUGUUGACCAAGCCGAAGAAAGUCCGACUGGUGGGCCAGUGGAAGGCCAAGCUCACGGAGAUCCACCAGUUCGUGGUGCAGGCGGCGGACGCCAUGAAGCUCGCCUGGCCGCCCACACCAGAGUCCUUCCAGGAGCUGCCACGACCCAUGCAAUCGGCGGUGGAGAGUGCCUGGUUCCAGCGCUGUGAAAGUCAACAAGGCGGCCUGUGCGCUCGCUUGCUCUUUGCUCCGGAGCUCCCAGCGGAAGGUGCCUGCCUUCUGGGCUGUCCAAGCCUCAAGGGAUUGACUUGUACACAGCGGUUCUUGGAAGGGACGGUGGACAUGCCGAGCGAAGAGGUGGCGGCCCUGGCCACGAUGCCCAUGCGCCACCUCGCUCGUGAACAUCUCAUUGACACACCGCCCAGUAGUCUUCUCCCCGAGGAGAUGCCAUUCGACCUCUCGAAGCAUCCCACGGCGAAGCACCGGGUGGCCAUCAGCAUGCUCUCACGCUUGGACCGCGAAGUCCAAAUCUGCGCUCGCAUGCGCAAUGCCCGGCAGAAGCCAGCGCUGAUCUCUUUGCAAUCGGAGUCGGUGAAGGCGAUUGCCAAUGGCGAUCAGGCGGCGCUCGGCCAGGCUAGGGACCAAAUGGCCCGACUGCGAGAAGAGCUGCUGAAGCUGAAGGCGAAGGAUGAGGAGUUUGUGGCCAUGGCCAUCAACAAGUCGUUCUCCGAUGCCAAUGAUAUCGACCUGGGAAGUGAUCCACAGCUGGCGCCGUUGAGAGAUCGCUUGCGAUUCUGGCUGCUGCGAUACUCCGACUUGGAAGUGACUCUUUGGUUCGAACACCUUUGCUGCGGACUGCUCAGCCCGGAAGCGGAGUUGGACUUUGCAAGAUUGAAUCCCUUCCUGAAGCCCGAAGCAGCAGCAGGCCUGCUGAGCCGUUUGACUCAGAUGAUGCUGGUGGCCGGUCGCAUUAUCCAACCUGCGAACCAGGACUUGGCAGACCUGCUGGCAAACCCCGACUCUGCCGGCUCCGCAGUGGCCUUAGCCGCUGGGCUGAGCGAGAAGCUCAGCGCCAUGACUUUGAGCUCCGCAACCAUGGCGAAGCUACGUGUGAUUGCCCUGAGUGGAGAGGAAGUUCGUGAGAUCACCAUGACAGAUCUUGGUGAGGAGACGCCCAUCAGCGAGCUCUUGCAAAGGUGUGCUGAGCCUCAAUGCAGGAUCAAGCUGUUGUUCGAAGGACAAGAGCUAAAGCCUUGCAUGUCCUUGAGUGAAGCUGGUCUGCAAAGUGGAGACACCCUGACGCGUGUGGUGUGUCCCAAAUCUGAAACCGAACUGCGCUUGGAAGAACUGUUUGCCGAGCUCCGGGAGUGCUGGCGUCAGAUGUGUGAAGACUUGCUUCAGAUGCGCGAAGAGUUGCUUGAUGAGCCAGAGCACGACCUUCAUACGAGGCAGCGGAUUGAAGCUGAGAAGCGUCAGCAGAUUGAAGCUGAGAAGCAGCGCCUUUGGGCGCGGUUGCUAGAAAGCGUCGAGAAACCCAAUCAGCGACAUGACAUGAAUAGAAGGGAACUCAAGGGCAAGGAGUGGAAGAGGGCAGCGCGACUUUCUAACCGGACGCCGUCAAGGCAUUGCAGACGGUGGAGAUGA